UUCUCUCUCCUGGUUUGCUACGCAAUUUAUCUGUGUGGGGGUGACCUUUACCAAAUCGGUGUCCUGUCUUCCUUCCAAACAAAGGCCAGACAACCCAUCAUCAAAUUCAUCAUCUUUCUUCUUCUUCUUCUUAUUCUUCUUCUUCUUUUUUGAUUUCUUGAGUCAAAUUAUUAACUUUCAUCAACCGUUAAUCUGCGUGCGUCAAAAGGGCUCUUCUUCAUUUCCGUUUCUCUCUCCUCCUCAAGAAUUUCCGAGGCUAUUCGGUGGGACUGGGUAAAGGAAAUGGCAGCGGAGGAACAUGCUGACUUAUCAGUUUUGAAUUCCCGGUUAAGUGAAAGAAAUGCAUUGUGGAAGGAGGAGAUGGAAAGAUGUGAAUCUCAAGUUGAUGAAUUACAAGUGAAAUAUAUGGAGGUAAAAGCCUCUAUUGAUGGGUCUGAAGAGGAUGCAGACAAGGAAUUGGAUAUUCUAUUGCGGAGAGUGAAAACGGCGGCAACUUUAUUGAACUAUUUAAAGACAAGAGCACGAACUAUGGCUGUUCCUCAUUUAGCACAAGCAUCUUGUGGGAUAAAGAAGUUGGCAGGGGUAGGAUUUGUUGACAGGGAUGGAAUUCCAUUAUCUAAUUGGUGUAAAAAUACUGAUAUUUUGUCCUUAGAUGGUCCUAGUGAUGUAACAUCUACAGGAACUAGUGACCAAAGUGGUCUUGAUCGUGAUAAAGAUGGAGCCUAUGUAUGCGAUCUACUAAACUCCGUGCAUAUGGUUACAAAUGUGAUGGAAACUCUAGUUAAAAGGGUUUUAAUUGCAGAGUCUGAAACUGCUGUUGAGAAGGAGAAAGUCAACUUUGGUAAAGAAGAAAUUAAGAAGAAGGAAAGUCAACUUGAAAACAUGUCUUUGAAGCUGGAGGAAAUGGAAAGAUUUGCUUUUGGAACUAACUGUAUAUUAAGUGAGCUGCGACAACGAGUUGAAGACUUGGUUGAUGAGACAUCUAGGCAGAGACAGAGAGCUGCAGAAAAUGAGCAGGAACUUUCUCGUGUAAAGCGUGAUUUUGAGUCUCUGAAAUCAUAUGUCAGCAGCCUCAUCAGUGUAAGAGAAACGCUCAUUUCGUCUGAGAAACAAUUCCAAACUAUUGAAAAGCUCUUUGAAAGGUUAGCUGCUAAAACAACCCAAUUAGAGGGAGAGAAAAUGCAAAAAGAAGUCGAAGUACAGAAAUUGAUGGAAGAAAAUGUGAGGAUGCAUGCUUUAUUAGACAAGAAAGAAGCACAGCUAUUAGCAAUGAAUGAACAAUGCAAGAUGAUGGCCCUGAACGCUUCUAUAAUCUAGGGCCGGGUCACGGGUCACCAAACGGGUCACCCAAUUUGCGUGGGUUGGUUUCUUUCUUUAUUCUGUACCAUUGUACAGCUGCUUUGCUUCUCCAUUGACGGGUCGGAGCAGAGCUAAGCACCGGGUAAUCCGGGUUUGAUAUGAUUUGAUUUUACAUUAUAUGUAGCAUGAUGGUGGUGGAGGAGGUGCAAGAACUGUACUAUUUAGUGAAUCGGCUGUUGUAACCAAAUGUAAUGGAUUAUUUGUUCAAUCAAUGCAAAAAUCCCCAAUGUUGUUUCUCA